GACGGAGCCGAAGCCCCGCCUCCUGGCUCGUGGAGGGCGCUCCCAUUGGCUGAGCCCUUAGCUCGGGCGCCUCCCCCGUUUCGGUGACGGACACUUUGGCAUGAGGGGACGGGGGCCGAGCAUUUCUUUCGCCCCUCAGUCGCUCGACGGGCCGCCGACGCCUCCGCGCUCGCCAUGAUGAUGGAGUCGCUGCGCGUGCAGCGGCUGCAGCCGGGCGUUGGGGGCACGCUGCGCUCGCUGCGGCCUGGCGUGACGGCGGGAGCGUCCCUGGCGGUUGCUUCGGCUCCCCUGGGGCCUCCCCCGCCGCCCCCGCCCCCGCUGCCGCCUCUCCCGCCCUCGCUCUUGCCGGGCGUGACAGCCGGAUCCAGCCCCCCGGGAGCCGCAGCGACGGGUCCGCCCGCCGUGCUGAGGGAGGCCGUCGAGGCCGUCGUCAGGAGCUUCGCCAAGCACACGCAAGGCUACGGCCGCGUCAACGUUGUGGAAGCUCUCCAGGAAUUCUGGCAGAUGAAGCAAUCACGUGGUGCUGAUCUGAAAAAUGGUGCUCUGGUGGUUUAUGAGAUGGUCCCAUCUAACAGUCCUCCUUAUGUCUGUUAUGUCACAUUGCCUGGGGGGAGCUGUUUUGGCAGUUUUCAGUUUUGUCCUACCAAAGCUGAAGCCAGGAGGAGUGCAGCAAAAAUUGCACUGAUGAAUUCAGUGUUCAAUGAGCAUCCGUCCCGGAGAAUCACAGACGAGUUUAUUGAGAAGAGUGUCUCGGAGGCUCUGGCAUCUUUCAAUGGCAAUAGAGAAGAAGCAGAUAAUCCAAGCACAGGCAUUGGUGCUUUCCGCUUCAUGUUGGAGUCAAACAAAGGAAAGUCCAUGUUAGAGUUCCAGGAGCUGAUGACUGUCUUCCAGCUGCUGCAUUGGAAUGGCAGCCUCAAAGCCAUGCGAGAGAGACAGUGCUCACGACAGGAGGUGUUGGCUCACUACUCUCACCGUGCUCUCGAUGACGAUAUAAGGAACCAGAUGGCAAUGGACUGGGUCAAUCGGGAGCAAAAUAUCCCAGGGGCUCUUUCAAGGGAGCUGGCCUCAACAGAGCGGGAAUUGGAUGAAGCCCGGCUGGCUGGGAAAGAGCUGCGGUUCCACAAGGAGAAGAAAGACAUUCUGAUGUUGGCAGCUGGCCAGCUGGGGAACAUGCACUCUUCCAACUGUUGAGAAACCCCAGAGAGCUGUUCUGUUUCCCCUUCCCUUCCCUACACUCUCACUUCACUACCAACUUGCUAAUGGGGUAUGACCUACAGCUUGUUACAAAACUGAAGGGGGCAAAAUGUCCAGCCAAAUUCUCCUAAUUGGCUUUCAAAUUUUUCUUACGUUAUCAGUCAUGCAACAUGCUGUUUGGAUUUUGGAUUUUUAAGUCUAAUCUGGUUGUAGAUUGUUGAGAUUUGGCAAGUGAAUAACUUGUAUCGCCAAGCAGAUAGAUACACCCAACCCCUAUUUUACUUACACACAAACACCAUUUUUCAAUAUACUUCAGCCAGAGAGAAAUAUCUCAAAAUCUGAAUGUUGAAACUUGGUCAGGUUGAGUUUGUUCAUAAUUGAGCUUCAGUUCUAACCUGAAUCACAUCACUUAAAGAGUGUGCACAGAUGCCUCUUUUUGAAGAAUAGGGGCCCAUUUGCACAUUUUUAAAACCUCUGUUAAAAAAAAAUUCUGUAUAGAUUUUAUAAUGUACUUGGAUAUUCUUAGUUAUCUUUUUUCUCUUUGGGAUAGAGAAUUUCUUAUUGAUUCACUAUAGAGCACAUUUUUAAAUGUAGCCUUUUUAGUGUUAAAUAUACUAAUACUCAUUUAGUCCUAAAUUCUAUCCAGGUACUAUACAGUAUUAAGUGGAAAUGUAGCAUUGCCAAGAGGAUACUAGUUUUGCCAUGGAUAUAAGGCAUAAACUGUAUGUUAGGCAAAUGUAUUCCUGCAGUUUAUGUAGUUUGAUACACUCCUCUUCCCCUUGCCACCUGAUAAGCACAGCACUUAAAACACUCCUCUUCACCGUUCUCGAACUACUAUUAAGGUUUUUAUUUAGUUGGUUAAUGGCAUCUUGUUCUAGCUGGUGUCUUGAUUGCAAGGUUCCACAGAGUUUGAGCAGUUCCCUAUUGCUGCAAGGGACGGGGUGUAUCUCGUCAUAGUGGCUGCAUUUGCGCAUCACUGUGUAAACUGUUGUUAAUGGCUGGCUGUCAUGUCACUCCACCCCUAGCACAAGUGGGAGCAACAAACCACAAUGUCUGACAUAGCAGACAUACUGGGUUGCUUUUCUCUCUCAUAAGUAAAAUACAACCCAUCUAGUUGCGCUUCACGAACGAAUUGCAUCGCUUAAAGGAGUCAACACCAAAUCACCUGGUGCUAUGUGCUCUCACGACUUAGAUUUUCUUCAAAAAAAAUUAUGUGUAGAUACCCAUGAGAUAACCUCAAAUUAAUAUUUUAAGAUUUUUUGGUCCAAUAUUGGGUGCAGGAGAAUUUUUGACGAUUUUUGCAUGAUUUAGGCUAAUGCACUUUCUGCGUCAGUUUAAAAAAACCUCCUGUUUUGCUUAUUUUUCAACUGAUUGGGCUUAUUUUGGUAUCAAAAUAAAGCUAAUUGUGGCCUCUUUAAAAAUAAGGUAUAAAAAUGGUAUCAAGUGCCACAGACAAGGGUCACCAACCAUUCAAAGUGAAAUUUUGUCAUUUUAUUUCUGGUAGGUUCAAUAAGCCAUAGCACGCAAACCACAACUAACACGUGUAUCAAUCUUGUGAGAGCAGGGUUGAGUAUUAAAAUCAGGUGAUUUGGCGUGGAAUGACCCCUUUAUAAUGAAUCUUAAUGAGGAGCUCCCAGCCUUUGGUAUUGUAGUCUCUCUCCUUUCCUCUUGCAGGGAAGGAAGAUAGAUGAAGUGUUGUUUCUAAGGUGUUCAGCUGAUUUAAAAGAAAAAGCCCUGACUCAUUUUCUUUCACUGCUAGCUUCAGCUUCUGGAUGAAUGCAGAAUCAUAGCUGCCAACGUUUCCCUUUUUUAAAGGGAAAUUCCCUUAUUCCGAAUAGGAUUCCUCGCAAGAAAAGGGAAAAGUUGACAGCUAUGUGCAGAAUCCUUUGAUUGUGUUGCAGAUACCAUAGGCUUAUCUUGAGUCAAAGGGGGAGCACUACUUUGUUGUUAUGGUUGUGUUUGACCUUCAUAUCAGAGCACUGGAUUCAGUUGGUGCCUCAGAAGGGUCUACUUCCAUGAUUUGCUUCUGUGAACUGUGAUGUGUGCAGUCCACAAAUCAUGCUAUUUUGGUUCAUUUCCAAUUGAGCAGCCUCCUGUGUCUUGGGAGACCUCAUCGGCAGAGUGCUCUGUGAGUUAGCCUGUCACACAGUAGCUAGAGCUACUUGUUUGAAAGUGAAGAACUGUGAUUGUGCAGCUGCAAGGAGAAAUGCCUCUUGGUUCGAGCAACAUUAGAAAGUUACAAAAAUUUGUAGAAUACAAACUUUAUAUAUGUAUGCACUUUUAUAUAAAAAAGAGAGACUGAAACUAGGAGCAGGACUCUUAAAUAGCAAUACUGACUAUGUAUAUAGAGAAAGUUGCUUGAAGCUUCAGAGACAGAAGUGCUCUGCAGAUCACGUGUAAUAUGAGGGAAAGCUGAUGUAGAUGUAAGGGGGAAUCAUCUCAGCCACCCAAAAGCCAAGAUCACUCAUCUGCACUGUGAGGAGAGCAUUGCGUGUUCUGUGUCUGACUUUGUCACAUCUGCCUGGUAAAGAACUGCCUUCCAAAGCACACCCUUAAGAUUUGGGACUAAGACAGUAUCAUGAACUAGCAAAAUGUGAUGUUUAAGGAUUAAAGGGGGGAAAUAAAAUAGGUUACAGAGGGGGACUAGUACUCUCAAGAGUGCUGUGUUGUGACACUUUUGAAUAAUCUUCCUGAUUAACAGUGCAAUCUGAGGAAGUCCUGUUGAGUUCAGUGGGGUUUGUUCCCCUUUAAGUGGGUACAGGAUUGCAGCUCUAAUUGAGCUUGCUUGAGAUAAUUUUGUUACCACAUAACACUUAAAUAUCUUAUUAAGUUGAUACAGUAACAGUACUACUUCCAAUUUUCAGUGCGUAAUUUGAGGUGAAAUUAGGGUUAUAAUCUACUUUAUUAAUUGUGAACACAGAACUAGGGGGUAACAGUUACUUCCAGGUUGAUGCUAAAUCCAGUGGAAUCUUUUGUGUACAUGGCAUUGACUUUAUUUUUAAAACUGCAUAAGGAAAAUAACAGUAGUGGUGAUUCUGACUCGGAGCUUUAUGUAGUUUACUUACUGGAGGUAGGGAGCUAUCCAGAAGCACAACUGUAGGACUGUGUGAUUGGGGAAGGGGGAGUAUUGGGCUAACAUUAGUGCCGUUUUGAGUGUUUCCUACCCCAGAUUUUCAGGGUCUGACUUGUCAUCAGACCUGUUGCACCUUAACCCAUGUGCAACAGCAUUCCUGUAGCCUUGGGAUUAAUUGUCAUGGUUACACUUUAAAAACACUUCACUAUUUACAGGGUAGAAUAAGAGUUUAAUCAGAACAUCCUUGAUGUUGCCUUUCUGGUCUUGACAUUGGGCAUGGAAGAUUGUUUCUAACUGGAGGGAAUGAGGAGAGGCAGAAGACAGUGUCUCCCAUAUAUUUUCUCCCCACUUCCUUGCAAGGCAUUAGCUUACCCUUACUGUGAACAAAGGUCUUGGAUCCCUUUGAUUCUUUCUACUGAAAGGGAAAAUACCCUGGCUUCCUGCAACUCCAUCCUGGAAGUCAUUUUGUGUUAUAAUGUGUUUAUAGUAAUUCUUCUAUCUCAGAAGAUAAUCUUCCAGGGUAUUGUCACCAGGAAUGAUGGAGCUAGAUGACCUGUGCACUCGGACUAUAUUUUAACUAGAACAUGCCCUUGAAUUGAUGCUGCCUUGAUCAAUUUGCCUUGUUCAGCACUCAAAGGGCAAAAGACAUUUCGUAUAAAAACAGUCUCAGUGCUGACAGCUGUAUAUAGCAACACAUGGUUUGUGAUAGUAUUGUUGAGUCCUUUUAUAUGGUAAUUAAAACUGACAGGCCCUUGCUUAUAGUUGUAUCUUAUAGGAGAUUGGUACAAAGUGAAAUUGCUGUCUAGGGCCCGAGAGCCACAAAAUAUUAGAACCAACAUCAGCUGGAAAAACACCAGAUUGCUUCCCCAAGGUUUUUUGUAACUUUCACAUGCAUACCAUUCCUCACAACUGGCAUUUGGGUCCUAAAAGAAUGGUAGUCCUGCAAAAUGUGGGUGAGGAGAAAGGGGUGUGUCAGCUGUUAAUGCACUUCUGUGUCCUUUGUGUGCUGCUUAGGAAUGCAGUUGUAUACAGGAAUAAGAACUUGGUGCUUCAGGAAGUGUGGGUAGAACGCUCUGAAUUGGGCAUUAGAAGCUGAGGACAAGACACACACACAGAGGGAUCCAAGUUAAGUCACGACUAACCUGGUUCCGUUGGUUUCAAGUAGACAUACUAACUUAGCCUAGAUACAACUCUAUGUGUACAGGAUUAUUUUCCACCUGGGAAUCACCUUACUGCUGAAGGCCUUUAGUCUCUUAGCCAGAUGGUGUAUAAGCAGGUGUAUAGUCCUUCAGUGAGGCUUUGCAGUCAGACCUCCAAACAGAUACUUCAUAACUGUGGGAACUCAGACUACCACUCUGAGAAAGGGAGAAUAGACAAAGGGCUGCAGAAGAUAUGUGGAGAUGGUAGUUGUUCCAUAGGGAGCUCAAGAAGUGGCAUUAUUUUGGCCUCCACACUAUGUCCAUUUGUAUAACUGAAAUAAUAAAUCAGUCUUGUCCUUUAUAUAUAUAUUUUUAUAUACAGCUUUGUUUACACAAUAGUAUUAAUGUUGAAAUGCAUUUAUAAAGUUGGCUUAUAAAUAAUCCUUUGACAGUUUGUAUAUGAAUGUCUCACUUGCCUCACUUACUACUUUCUAUUAGAAACAAACUAUAUACAGGGUUUGAGUUUUUUCUUUCCAAACAUGUGGCUCUUGAAUUUUCCUUGCGGAGAGACCUGCCUACAGACAUUUGCCUCUGGGCAGGCCCCAGCUGUCACCUAUAACCUGAUCCCCCACAUCCCCUCCUUUUGGUGCUGGUUUUCUGAAUAAGCUGCCUUCCUCCUCAUCCUCCUCUUCACUCAAUAUUUCUACUGUCCAGGUUUUCAAUGCUGUUUUUUUCUAGUUCAGAGGUUACCGUACCUAAAAUAGUUCUACAUACUGUCUGCCUUUUCUUUUACUAUAUGCGAUAAAGUCCAGUACUUAAUUUUGUAAUGCCUAAUUUUAUACAAUAAAAUAGCAUUUUUUUGAA